UUUUCUUUUCUUUUUUUGCUUUUCUUUUUUUUUUUUUUUCCCUUCAUUCUCAUAAUAUUUUACUUCUUAAAUUUUUUUAGUUUUCUGUUCACUUUUCGGACCAUUCUUUUCUUUUCUCUCUUUUUCCACUUCCCAUCCCGUCCUUCCCGGAUUGUUUCCUAUCCCGGGCCCCCCGACUUCCUCCCAAUAUAGUAUCCUAUAUUUACAGUGACCAGACCGCCUGCUUAUCUACUCCUCCCUAUAACUACCACUUUAUCUACCUAACUUAACCUAAUCAACCUUACCCUUACUACCCUACUACCCUACUUACUCUAAAAGGGUUUCUCCAACCUUGGUCCGCCUCCUCUACUCUCCUUUAAUUAGUCGCCUCCCUCCACGUCACCCUCCCUCCACCUUCACCCCAUCUCCUCUAGUAUCUACCGUCCGCUACUUCCCACACCUUUUAAGGCUCUUAGUCCCCCUCAUCCUCCCGUCGACAUCUUUGUUCUCUUCCUCCUACCACUUUGUUCAUACCCCGCAAACAACCACCCUCCCAAGCCUUUCGCAUCCGAUCUCCUUUCGACGGGAACAUCUACCCUACCUCCUACCUCCCAUCUCCUACCUUGGGUACCUACCUCCUCACCCACCUACCUUCACUACCCGCAACCUUCCCGCCUUCUCUCCUCGCCACCUCACAAUGGCCAUCCGCAAGCCUCGCUGCAAUUUCAAGGAGUGCAAGGAAGCCGCCCAACGCAUCGUCGGCGACUGCAGCUUCUGCAGCGGACAUUUCUGCUCGAAACACCGCAUGCUCGAAGCCCACUCGUGUACCGGCCUGGAGGACUGCAAGAAGGAGUCCCACGCCCGCAACGCCGAUAAGCUCAACAACGAACGCACCCAGGUCAUCAAGGGCGUAUGAGUUGUCGCACUUGCUUCUCUCCGCCGUCGCGAGGUCGAUCGUUUUCGUCUUGCAUUCCGGCUUCCCGUCGCGAUCGGUUCAUGCCGUUUGGAAUUAGCGUGGUGUUGGAUUUGAUCGCUGGCAUGGGAGUCGCCUUUCACCGUUUCACAUAACAUGCCUCCCCUUUAUUUUCAUCCACUGGUCACAAGCUAGGGAGAGGGUUGGCGUUUUUUGAUCAAUUUGCGAUUCGCGAGGCGUUCACACAUAGGAGUUUUGUUUGUCUUUUUAAUCACCUUGGGCAGCGACAUUGAGCCAGCUUGCUUGGGUUUGUCGUUUGACUGGGAGCUCCAACGAGCUUCAAGGUCGACCACACGGGUAUAUUCUACAUCAUACUAUCCGUCGUCAUCACCAUCAUCAUCAUCAUCAUUUCUUACAUUCGUCCAUUAUAUACAGCCAUUAAUCAACAGUUAUGUGGAUAGAUUUGGAGACCCGGAUUUUAUUCAAUUGUUGAUGAAAUGGCUUGUCACAUAACCUAAGACUCAUUAUCCAUACCUAUCAACCAUUCAAUAUAUACUGCAUACUAUCUACC